AUCUCCUAAUUGACACGUCUUGGUAUCUGCCCAGCGUCUGCAGGCGUAUAAAGGCUUUGUCUACGGCGCGCGUGUGGCAUCGGACAAGCGGCACCGUCUCUCUUUGCAGAUCACGCAGUCCUCUUGAGCAAUCCCGACGUCUGCCGAGGUAGAUCGCAGCCCGCGGCCAGAGCUCCCAGCAAGCGGCCCGCAGUAGUCGACAUAACCCAGCACGCGCGCCGGCCGAGCAGCGUCUGCUGGAGCGAUAAAAUAUUAUCUCUGCCCUGCCUCUGCUGCUGAUACCGGACACAUCCUCUCAGAUGUUCAAUGCAGUAGCGCGAGCGAGAGCACCUGCCUCCCUCCUCCGCCGCCCACUCCUCGCCCAGCAGGUCCCCAAGAUAGCCGCAAUGGCUCCAGCCCAGUCGCGGCGGCAGCAAUCGUCGCUGCCCGCAGGCUACAAGGAAGACCACAGCAAGGGCGCCAUGCUGCGCUUCGAAGACUCGCUCCCGCGGCUGCCCGUCCCGACCCUCGAGGAAACCGCCAAGAGGUACCUCAAAUCCGUUCAUCCGCUGCUCUCCAAGACCGAAUAUGAGGCAACUACAAAGGCUGUCAAUGACUUCGUUGCGCCUGGUGGGCCCGGCGAGGUGCUCCAGAAGCGCUUGGUCGAGCGGAGAGAGCGCCCAGAAAUCAAGAACUGGAUUGCUGAGUGGUGGAAUGAAGCUGCGUACAUGAGCUACCGUGAUCCAGUCGUUCCAUACGUCAGCUACUUCUAUUCGCACCGUGAUGAUAGGAAACGGAGAAAUCCGGUCAAGCGCGCUGCCGCCAUGACCACCGCCGUGCUGGAGUUCAAGAAGAUGGUCGAUAACGGCACGCUGGAGCCCGAGUACAUGAAGAAGCUGCCCAUGGCCAUGAGCUCCUACGAGUGGAUGUUCAACUGCUGCCGUGUGCCCAAGAAGCCCUCCGAUACCAGCGUCAAGUACCCGUUCAAGAGCAACCAGCACAUCGUGGCUGUCAGGAAGAACCAGUUCUGGAAGAUUCCCCACGAGAUCAACGGCAAGCAGCUCAACACCAGCGAGCUCGAGCUCCAGUUCAAACGAAUCUACGAGAAGGCCGAGAAGUCAGCCCCAGUCGGAAUCCUCACCUCCCAGAACCGCGACGCUUGGGCAGACGUCUACCCCCGCCUAAAGGCCGCCUCAGACCUCAACGCCGCUUCCGUCGAAGCCAUCGAAUCCGCCUCCUUCGUCGUCUGCCUCGACGAUGCCUCCCCGGUCACCCUUGAAGAGCGCGCACACCAAUACUGGCACGGCGAUGGCUCAAACCGCUGGUUUGAUAAGCCCCUACAGUUCAUCAUCAAUGACAAUGGCACCUCGGGCUUCGUGGGCGAGCACUCCAUGAUGGACGGCACGCCCACGCAUCGCCUCAACGACCACGCCAACAUGCUUAUCUUCAGCAACGCGCUGCCCUUCGACGACCCGAGCAUUCGCUCUGACCUGCCCAACCCCACCCCCCUCCGCUUCAACAUCACCGCCGAACUGCAAAAGGACCUCGAUGCCGCACAAGCACACUUCACCCGCCAAAUCGGCGCCCACGAGCUACGCGUUCAGGCGUACCAGGGCUACGGCAAGGGCCUCAUCAAGAAAUUCAAGUGCAGCCCCGACGCCUACGUCCAAAUGCUCAUCCAGCUCGCUUACCACAAAUUCUACGGCAAGAACCGCCCCACCUACGAAUCCGCCGCGACACGCCGCUUCCAAGAAGGCCGCACCGAAACCUGCCGCAGUGUCUCUGAUGAAUCCGUCGCCUUCUGCACCGCCAUGGCCGACCCACACUGCUCCCCCGAGCACGCGCAGAAGCUGUUCCGCGACGCCGUCAACGCACACGUCAAAUACAUUACGGACGCGAGCGACGGCCGGGGCGUGGACCGCCACCUCUUCGGGCUGAAGAAGUGCCUCAAGGAGGGCGAGGAGGUGCCCGCGCUGUACAAGGACCCCGCGUACACGUACAGCAGCACGUGGUUUAUCAGCAGCAGCCAGCUGAGCUCCGAGUACUUCAACGGGUAUGGCUGGAGCCAGGUGGUGGACGAUGGCUGGGGCAUUGCGUACAUGAUUAACGAGAACUCGAUCCAAUUCAACGUGUGCUCCAAGGGGCUGGGCUCGGACAAGAUGAGCUUCUACCUCAAUGAAGCCGCCGGCGAUAUCAGAGACCUGAUGCUGCCUACGCUUGAGCCGCCGAAGGCGAAGUUGUAAGGUGGACCUUGCAGGGCUUCACACUCUCUUGUGCUUGUGUUGUUUGUAUGUGUAUGUGUGCGGGAAACGAUAGGAUAGACCAGCCGAGCGCAUCGGAGACAGCUAUGCAUUUUCCGCAUACCAAAUUUUUGGGGGGGGUUUUUUUUUGCUGCUGCGUUUCCCUGUACCAUGCAUGCUGUUGGAGGUUGAGUGCUAGAACUGCAUACUGUACGCGCUUGAUGGCUCGCCGUAGGCCAAUCUAGAUUGUCAAAAAGCAAUUA